AUUGCUCUCUGCAUUGCAGUAGUUCCCAAGAUAGGAAAACCCUCUCUCUCUCCUCCACCUUCAUCCCUAUCCACCAUUAAUGUAGUAUCUCUCUCUGUUAAUCGUCCAUUAUUUUUUCUUUAUCAGGUUAGCACGAUAAAGCCCUAAUUAAUUAACUUCUAUUUUUCAAGAUUUGUUCAUAUUUUAUUUCUUUAGUUAAGGGGUUCUCGUUUUUCCAUUGUCUUUGCUCUGUAUAUGUGUGGUGAUUGUAUUAUUUCUUUGAGAGGAAGAAACCAGAGUUGAAACCACCAAUUUUCCAUGAAAGCAGUAAGUUUUAGGCGCCCAAAUCCCUAGUUCUUUCAGCACUGAAGGGAAUAAGCUCCAAUCUCUGUUCUGAGCUUCUUCUGCUUAAACCUUUUACCAUAAUUUCAGAGAUAAAGUUUUUUUACUAGAAAAGGAAAGAAAAUCCAGUUUUUAGCCAUUGAAGAAGCUCUCUCAUCCCUUCUGUGGUGGUGGAAAGUUUUGGGAUCCAGUCUUAGUUGAACUACUCAAUCUUCAGUUCCUGGCACAAUGAUCAAGGUAGCGGCGCGUGAUUCGCCUGCACCACCUAUGCCGCACGAAAACCGGCAUGAACCGGCCCAAACCGGCCACAUUUUUCGGUCCAAACUCCCGGACAUUCCCAUUCCUGCUUCUCUCCCAUUGACAAAAUACAUUUUCCAGAACCUUGCAGAUCACUCGGACCGCCCCUGCCUAAUAACGGUAACCGGACAACGGCUCUCGUAUUUGGAAUUCCACACUUGUUGCAAGGAAACCGCUUCUGGUUUGUUCAAAUUAGGCAUAAGAAGAGGCGAUAUUAUCAUGCUUUUGCUUCAUAAUUCGCCGGAAUUUGUCAUCUCUUUUAUUGGGGCCGCCAUGAUCGGAGCUGUGUCCACUACUUGCAAUCCAUUCUUCACUCCAGGUGAGGUUUCUAAGCAGAUUAAGGCUUGUAAUCCAAAGAUUGUGAUCACUCUGUCUCAGUAUGUUGUAAAACUCAAAGACCAUUGUCCUGGCAAUGGUGUAGCCGGAAAAUUGACCGAAAGAUCAUUUUCUGGCGAGUCCAAGACCCAAGAAAGUGAAUUAGGAUCAGCUGAAAAGCACAUCAACCAAUCCCAACUCAGCAGAAAACCACUCUCCAGUGAAUUGGAGAACCAAAGGCCUGAUUCCCAACUCGCCGAUAAACCACCCGUCCUUGAGAUUUCUUGGGAUGAACUCCCUGUAAAACCUCAAAUUCAGGCCACCCACAUUCGCGUAAUCACAGUCGACGACCCACCGGAAGGUUGCCUCCACUUCUCGGUGCUGUCGGACUCCGGCGAAUCCGACCCACCCGAAAUUACCAUUGAUCCCGAAGAUCCAAUCGCUCUCCCCUUCUCUUCCGGCACAACAGGUUUACCGAAGGGAGUAGUCUUAACUCACAAAACCAUCGUCUCAAGCAUAGCUCAACAAGUGGAUGGCGAAAACCCGAACUUAUACAUACAUUCACAGGACGUUGUGUUGUGUGUUUUGCCGUUAUUUCACAUUUAUUCAUUGAACAGUGUUCUGCUGUGCUCACUGAGAGUGGGGGCGGAAGUGGUGUUGAUGCCCAAGUUUGAGAUAGGGACGAUGCUGGAAGUGGUGGAGAAGUACAGGGUAAGUGUGGCUCCUGUGGUGCCGCCAUUGGUGUUGGCUUUGGCAAAGAAUGGGGCGGUGGAGAAGUUCGAUUUGAGGUCGAUAAGAAUUGUGCUGUCGGGGGCGGCGCCGCUCGGGAAGGACCUGCAGGAGGCGCUCAGGACCAGGGUGCCGCAGGCAGUGUUCGGGCAGGGCUAUGGCAUGACAGAGGCGGGGCCAGUUUUGUCUAUGUGCCUGGCAUUUGCAAAGAAGCCCUUCCCCUCCAAGCCUGGGUCUUGUGGCACCGUUGUGAGGAACUCGGAGCUGAAGGUCAUAGACACCGAGUCUGGCGCCUCUCUCUCUUACAAUCAACCGGGCGAGAUUUGCAUCCGUGGUCCACAAGUCAUGAAAGGAUAUUUGAAUGAUUCGGAGGCUACGGCCGCAACCAUCGAUAGUGAAGGGUGGCUUCACACAGGCGACAUUGGGUAUGUGGAUGAGGAGGAGGAAGUGUUCAUAGUAGAUAGAGUGAAGGAACUCAUCAAGUACAAGGGCUUCCAGGUGCCUCCUGCAGAAAUUGAGGCCCUCCUUCUCAGCCAUCCAUCAAUCGCUGAUGCCGCCGUUGUGCCGCAAAAGGAUGAGGCUGCAGGUGAAGUUCCAGUUGCAUUCAUAGUUCGAUCGAACGGCUUCGAGCUCACAGAGGAGGUAGUGAAAGAUUUCAUAGCAAAGCAGGUGGUGUUCUACAAGAGGCUACAGAAGGUUUAUUUCAUCCAUGUAAUACCUAAAUCCCCCUCCGGCAAGAUUCUUAGGAAGGAAUUGAAGGCCAAAUUGGCGUAAUGUUGUUAUUUAAUUUUUAGUAUUUUCUCUGUAAUGUCGAUUGGCAUAGAACAUUUGUAUUCUUAAUGGAAUUGUUUCUCAUUUGUUCCUGA